GCUUGCACUUGCAUGGGAUCUGUGCACUGUUGCUAUGAGGUGAGGGUGAUGUGGACAGGAUGCGGGUCUCAGAAAUCGCUAUCGACUAGCCGACAGGGCCUUGUUGCUGCUUUUGUACUGAGGCCGAGAUGCGGCGACAGGCUCGGAUCUCAGGCGGCGGCGCGCUAGUGGUGCGCUCCGCCUCCGCGCUGCAAGUUUGGCUGUGGCUGUUAAUAUUUAUAUUCCAAAACGAAUUCCGGAUAUCGAGAUCCAUUCAACCUGGUUAUUUGGAUUUCGAUAACCUACCCGAGACGAACUUUACGUGUGCCGGCAAAGUAAUCGGUGGUUACUAUGCUGAUUUGGAGACAUCGUGUCAAAUGUUCCACGUGUGCACAGUCGGCCAACAAGAUGAACCGAUGGAUAUUAAGUUCCUCUGCCUUAAUGGCACUGUUUUUGAUCAGGAGACAAGAGUUUGUGAACGAGUUGAUGAAGUAGAUUGCACGAAAUCUGAGAAAUUCUACAGUCUAAACUUAGAGUUAUAUGGUAGUACUGCUCCACCCAUAAUACAACCUGAGCAGAAUAAGUCGGAAACAACGAACAACAAACGAGAACAUGAAAAUGAUCCCUCAAUAGACGAAAUUUAUACGACAGCUCAUAAUAAAUCGCCACAACAAACGCACGAUAUUCCCGACUCAACCGAAGAUCCUGUCCAAGAUAUUACAAAAGACGACCAUAGAUAUACUCAAAGCAUCUCUUCAACAUAUUCAGCUUUACCGCCAUCUGGAAAUGAUGAACUAACGGAAGAAUAUCAAGACGAGGAUAAUACUGAUGGCGGCGAAUACGAAGACUAUUCGCAUGCUCAUUCUACAACUACCGAAACUCCAACAACCACUACUUCAAAAAAACCUACAACUUCAAAACGCACUACAACAACUACAACAACAAAUCGUCCAUCUACCUCAUCUCGAACCACAUCAUCAAUACCGUACUUAAAUUCAUCGCCAACGCCUAUUUUAUCUUCAAUUUCUCCACCGUUUUCUUCAUCACUGCAACCAUCAGCACCUUCGGCACCAUCGGCAAUAUCUUUACCGAAUUUAGACCCAACGAUUUUGUCACCCCAGGAAUUCAUAUAUCGUCAUCAACAAGGAACAGAGGCAGUAUCGUAUCAGAGCUUCCGUCCUGCCGAUGGUGUUUAUAUCACUCACGCUCCACCUCAACAGUUCGAUCAUUUUCAAUACGAGUCAUCGAGAACCGCACCGCGGCCUACUGCACCGCGACCAACGCCUUUUGCUCAGCGACCACAGCCGGCACCUUUCAGGGCAACUACUUUAGAUCCAAGAGAUCAACUUUUAAGACCUGGGCCGUCAUCUCAACCGUCUGAAAGACAUGAAACGACUGUAAAAAAUAGACAACCACAACAGCAACCACAGAAAACAUACCCUUCAUCACUUCCAGCACAACGACCCUUACCGUUUAAUCCAUAUUUUUACGACAGAAAACGAAGCGAUGAUUCAGCUUCUGAAAAUCAAUCUUCUUUAUCAGCACGAUCGGUGGCUCCUCCAGCAGUGACCGAACGGCCUCCAGUCAGAUUAAAAAGUCCACCACGUGUAAUCGUUACUGCUAGUGCUUCGGUUAGUGAUAGCAACGGAAAAAGACUUAACUAUACCGUGGGGAAUGUGGUUAGUGCGGUAAAACCAAUUGUGCCAAUUAAUUACGACGAUUAUAAGGAAUCCGACCUUAUAUUUGACCCAUUCUUUCUCGAUGUGCCAAAACUUCAAAAAAGACGAAAGACUAGGUCGAACCAUAAUCGUAGUAUUUUCACAGCAUCUGCUACCGCCACCGUUUCUUCACAAUUAUCACACGAUAAAGUCACUGUCGCAACUAUAACGGCAACAUCCAAGACAACAACAACAAAACGAUUAAUAACGUCACCUAUUAUCGCAACGACCACCGUGGGGUGGGAUCCAAACGAUUACGUUGACGAUAAUUAUGAGCCGCACGCUUACAUUCCACCAAUACCACCACUUGCUAUAUUAGUUUCUCAAGAUAUUGAAAAGCAUAAAAUACAAAAUAACCAAUUGAAUAACAAAAUACAUGGAGAUAAUAAUUUAAAAAAAGACAAAACGAAAGCGGGUCGCUCUCUUUCCUUCAAGGUGACAACCGAGCCUUCAGAGCCGAUUACUUCUAGUCAAAUAAAAAAAGCAGAGACAGUGGCUCCUGUUGCUUCUCCACCAUUCUCGCCACCACUUGAGGCAUCUCUUCGCGCUUUAUGACGCUCCUCUGAUUGACUCCAAUAAGUUUAACGUUAGCUCAUUGAAAUGCACAUCCACAAUAUUAUCUUACAUUAUGUUUUAGUGUGGAUUCGAAAAAAAUAUUUCAGUAUGAAUGUUGCCAAAUAAAUUCACUGGAUGAUAUUCGAUUUUUUUUAUUCUAAAUACAUAUUAUGAAAUCUUAAACUAAAUAGAAGCAAUAUGUUAAUGUUUUGAUGAUAAAAUGUCAUAAUAGUUCUAGUGCUUUGUGUUUUACUUUUGAAACCCUUUAUAUGGUUUCUCAAAUUUAUUAUUUCUAGUUUAAUGAGCCCCUGUUCGAAGAGAGAAGACAUAUUUAUAUUAUAUUAAUUUAUAGUUGUAGUAAAAUCCUUUUAUGUGUAUUUCCAUAUGUAAUGUAAAUAUUAUGAACAAUUCUGAUGAUGCAGAGAAUUUUAUUAAUUUCACAAUUUUUAUACAUAAGCAAUAAUUUACAUUUAAUUUUA